AUGUCACCACUUUUCGAUACAACAACGCUGUCCCUCUUCAGUCGACGCUUACUCAACUGUCCACAAUACAAAUUCAAAUACAAGAGCAACGUUCGUGAUGCGGCCGUGCUCAUGCCACUUUGUAAUGUCGAUGGUCAACCAAGUGUUUUAUUCACGGUUCGCAAUCUCAACUUGAGAAGCCAUCGAGGUGAAAUAAGUUUCCCCGGUGGCAAGGCAGAUCCCCAGGACGAAUCGCUAGAGUACACAGCCUUAAGGGAAACGUUCGAAGAGGUUGGGAUACAACCAUCAUCAAUUGAUGUUCUUGGUAGCUACUCUCCGCUACCCAACUACGACGGAUCGAUACGCGUACAUCCCUUUCUGGGCAUGGUGCGGAACCCAUUGGAUCUUAAUGCGUUGCCAUUUAACAAGGACGAGGUAUCGACCGUGUUUACUUUGCCGAUAGACUACCUUGUCCGCAUCCUUCGCAAGAUUGUUCCUGAGCGAUACCCAUGA